AUGUCCGACGUUGCUGCUACCCCAGUUGCUGCCCCAGCCGCCGCUGCCCCAAAGGCUAAGGCCCCAAAAGCCAAGGCUCCAAAGGUCCCAAAGGUCGCAAAGGCCAAGACCCCAGCCGCCCAUCCACCAUACAUCAACAUGAUCAAGGAAGCCGUUAAGGCCAUCAAGGAUCGCAAGGGAGCUUCCAAGCAAGCCAUCCUCAAGCACAUCUCUGCCAACUACAAGCUCGGAGAGAAUGUUGUUCAAAUCAACGCUCACCUCCGUCAAGCCCUCAAGAGAGGAGUCGCCUCCAAGGCCCUCGUCCAAGCCGCCGGAUCCGGAGCCAAUGGAAGAUUCCGUGUCCCAGAGAAGGCCGCCGCCGCCGCCAAGCCAGCUGCCGCCAAGAAGCCAGCCGCCAAGAAGGCCGCCACCGGAGAGAAGAAGGCCGCUCCAAAGAAGGCCGCUGCCAAGCCAAAGAAGGCUGCCGGAGACAAGGUGAAGAAGGCCAAGAGCCCAAAGAAGGUCGCCAAGCCAGCUGCUAAGAAGGCCGCCAAGUCGCCAGCCAAGAAGGCCGCUCCAAAGAAGGCCGCUGCCAAGGCUGCACCAAAGAAGGCUUAA